UGUCUUCUCACUUAUAAAUCUACUUCCUGUUACCUAAAAUUUAUAUGGUAUCGUCCUAUUUAUAAUGCAGAAUAUUGUUAUCGGUGAAUAAUUAAAAAAAUCAAAUUUUUAUAAUUCAGAAGGGGUGUCAAUCAUCCACAAACGCGUCAUACUAUUAAUAUCGAAAUUAUAAAUAACGCGGCAGAAUACCGCUUAUUUAUUCUUAAAACGUGCUGUGAGAAGAAUAUGUGUAUUUACUUAUGUUACGCAAGUCCAGACUGACUUGAAGUGUAAUGUUAAAGUGGAAUACAAUGCCUUACUUCAGUUUUCGUUUUACAGCAGCUCAAUGAAGUAUAAUCAUUAAAUAACACCUAUUUUAGUUUAACAACAAUGGGUGAAACAGAGGAAUUUAACACUUUAACAUUUGAAAAGAAGCUUGUACAACUAAAGGAUACUCAGGAGAGUAUCCAGUCGUUAUCAUCAUGGUGUCUGAAGCAGAGAACACAUCAUAAGAAAAUAGUUGCAAGUUGGUUAAAUGUACUGAAGAGGGUUAAGGUUGAGCAGAGAUUGGUAUUAUUUUAUCUAGCAAAUGAUGUUAUACAGUAUAGUAAAAGGAAGAACUAUGAAUUUGUUGAGAGCUGGGGCCUUAAUCUUCAAAAGGCAACCCCAUUAGUCAGAGAUGAAAAAGUACGUACAAAGAUCUUAAGAAUAUUUAAAAUCUGGGAGCAACGUGGUGUAUAUGAUGAUGAGUUUCUAUCAGACCUUACGGGAUUGCUCAGCGCCGGCGCUAUUAAAAAGACUGAUGAUGACCCCUUAGAUUUUCAACCACAACAACUAGUGAAUAAAAUAAAACAGUGUUCAGUGUUGGAAGCGGAUACAGAUUUAAGACUCAAAUACAUUCAUGAGAGUCAUUUGGAGCUUUCCGAUGCUGAUGCAUUAUGUGCAAGUCUUAAAGAUAGAAGUCAUAAAGAUGAUGUGGAAAAGGAACUUAAUGAAGGUAUAGCAUGCGUAGAACGGUAUACGCAGGCACUACAACGAGAGAUUGUAGCUAGAGAAGCGCUUCUUGCACUAUUGACAUCCGCAAAUCAGUACUAUUCAACGCAACGCGGCGAAGUUAAAGUUGUUGCAUAUGCAUACAAGAACUUCGGCGCCCGGGUCCGCGUCCUGAAGCGGAAGCUGGACGAGCUGGCGCCGCAGCUGCCGGCCGCCGCGCCCUCCCCCCCGCGCCGCGACGAGGACGUGCCCUCCCCCUCCCCCGACGAGGACCUCGACCUGCCGCCCGCCGGGCCCGACCGCCACCUACACGCGCCCGACGAUGUCGACGACGGACCCGAUGACAUUGCAUACAAUAUCGACAGAACAUUCAACUCUUCAAUAGCAGCUGAUGGUUCCUUAUAUAAUUUGGGACUAUCGUCGUUUCUCACGCCCGAUAAUCCUUUAUCAAUGUUUAAUGACUCGACAGACAUCAACACUAGUGCUAACAAAAUAGAAGUAAUAAAUAGUAGACCAUCAGAAAAGCAAGAUUUUAAUAUAAAUGACUUUUUAAAGAAUUUAAUACCAAAUGAUACCAAUCUGGUAACAUCAGAUAAUAAUUCAGUGACCAGUGGUACAAUGUCACAGAAGUCACAAGACACACUUCCAGGAUUAGAUCUAUUAACGCCAGAAAGUACAGGGAACCCGCCGCCACCGACCUCAUUCUAUGGCACUAUGGAAAAUAUUAUUGAUCUAGAUCCGGAACCACAGCCUUACCAUCCAGAGACAAACAACGUAUGGAAUAAUACGUCGUGGAUGCCGUCAGGUCCGCGGCCCGUGCCCGCGCCCGCAGCCACCAACCGCGCCGCCCCGCCCUCCCCGCGCCCCGCCUACACCGACACGCCGGAGUCUCCGCCCCCGGGCCCGCCGCCGCCCGCGGCGCUGCAGCCGCUGCACUCGUCACAGAAAUUGCCGCCACCAGCCGACGUAGAUCACAGAGGGCUACUACCACCUCCGCCGCCUCCACCAGUUCUACCAAUCCUUGGCCACGGAGAGGAUGUGGACCAUAGGUUUCUACCACUUCCGCCGGCAGGACCUACUAUCAUCAGGAAUCCAGUAGCACACCAAGAUGUGGAUCAUAGGAAUUUAAUAUCAUUAACACAUCAACCACCGGCCCCGAUCAGACCCAUGAACCCUGGUCUGCCGAGGCCAGUAAACCCCGUUAAUUUGGACCAGGAUUACAGAGUGCCUCCGAUGAUCACCCCGAGCGAUAUAGUGGAGAGUGUUGAUAUGGAUUUAUCUGAAGAUGAGGAUCAACCAGGUAUGUACCCGAAUCAAUCCAACCAAAAUGAGCACAACAGAAGGCACAGCUUCAACAACAACAAAGUACUGGUGGGCGGGGACAACGGGAAGACCAACCUAAAGGAAUCUAACCACAAUCUCAUACAAAUCAACAGUUCAGAAUAUAAAAACAACGGCCCACAGUCGGCACCCGUCAUUAACCCCCCAUUGUCGAAUCCAUUCGAUAAUAUGCCCCCCGCCCUACAAAAGUUUAACAUACCGUUCCCGAAUCCACCAAGCUUUCCACUAAACGAUGACGAAUUCGAAAAUCAAAAUGAGGACUCCUCUGAAACUCCAUACGAAGAAGAUCUGAGGAGUAGAGGCAUAGAGAAAGGUCCUGAAGAGAUAAUCCCAACUCCGGAAGUGAGGAACGUGAACUCGCCACCGCCUUUCGGAGAGUUCAUUGAAAAUAUGUUUGAAAAUCCACCACCUAGGCCGUUUAUGAAUCAAAGGUUCCCCAGAAAUUGGGGACCACGGACUUUCAGGCCGCCCGGCUUUCAGCCACAGUUUUGGCCGAGAAAUUUGCCGAGGCCGCCGAAUCGGUGGGUCGGUCCCAGACAGCAAAGAUUUUGGUGAUCUGUGAUAGUGAUGGAAUAUAUACUUAUAUAUAGUGACAAUUCAGUUGUUAGUGCAGAUAAAAGUGAGCCUCGGUUGAUCUUAGAGAGAACGUCUAGAUUUUUAAAGCCUUAUUUAUAAAAAGUAAAAGUUAUAAACCCAUUUUGACUAUUACAUUGUAUGCUGACCACCUUUUUUUAUUUAUUUAAUAAAAAUAGGUACUAUUUAUUCUCACAAACUCCAUGACAAAAAAGUAACAACAAUUAUUAGGAUUUACCCUAUGGUUUUUUUUUUGGAAAAUCAGAUUGUUCUUUUCAAAUUUGAAUCGAAUGCUGGUUUGUUCAAGUUCGAUUUUUGUUUGUCAUAUUGAAAAAAUACUUCCGAAGAAGUCUUAUUAAUAUUAUAAAAGUAUAGGAGUGUGGAUGGAUGUUUGUUACUCUUUCACGCAAAAACUACUGAACGGAUUUUGAUGAAACUUUACAGUUAUAUAGCUUAUACAUCAGAAUAACAUAUAGGCUAUAAAUUUCAGGCGGAUGAAACCGCGGGCACAGCUGUAUACAAUAGUUUAAUAGUGAGAGUGGGUUUAUUAGACAUAUGAAGUUUUUAUGAAUAAGAAAAUAAAUACGCGAGUUGGUAAAUCAGGGUUAUUCAUUGCAAUUUACUGGCUUGUUUGUCUAAACAUCGACAUAGGACGGCGGCUUUAAUAAGUAGAACACAACUCAAUUAAUUAGUAACUUUGACUGAAGUUAAGAUACACAUAUUAACAGUUAAAAUAAUCAGUUUUUAGUAAAAUAAGAUAGCAAGUACGCUGUUUCGUUUUUCAAAAGCAAAUGAUUACUUUGUUUUCAUUGAGUUCUUAACUUCAAUUGUAGUACAUUUAGAAACAUUUAAGAUGUAAUGACAGUCUCGGUGGUCCAGCCGUUGAGCAUACCGCCUUACUUCCGAUAGUAGCGGGUUUGAUUCCUCGCGCGGUGCGAACAUUUCUAUUUAUGAGUAUGAUUGUAUCGGUUUGGAUGUUUUCUAUAUAUAUUACUUAUGUAUUUAUAUCAGUCUAGUACCCAUAACAUAAGCUUUGCUUAGCUUGGAACUAGAUGGCGCUUUGUGAAUUGUCCUGGGAUAUUAUUUAUUAUAAUAUCACUAUUUCACUUCUUUGUGCAGAUUAUGGUAAUUGUAUUUAAAUCUAAAUUACUUCAAUGUUCAAAGUAAUAUGAAUAAUAUAUAAGGUUAAUUUUCUAAUACUGAACUGAUAAAAAUAUGUUUUAUUUUUAAACAGAAGAAUAUAUAAGUUAGUCGUAUACUGGCUUUCAAUUUAUUUAUAUUGUUAUUUAUUAUAACACAAUAUCUUUAAUUUAUUAGUCUUCUACCGCUGUGAUUGUUAUUGAAUUAUCGUGGUAUUUCUUUUAUAAAGUCGACAUCUUUAAAUUAGGAAGUAGAUGUUUUUUAUCUUUACUAUUUUCACUGUAUCAUAUACUUUAGUCAAAGUUACUGGAAUAUUUAAUACAAUUCACAAAUUAACAAAUAGACAUUUAGAUAUGGACAUUUCAAUGUCCUCCUAGCUAAUUACAUCCAGUGGUAUAAUUUUACUAUCUGAUACUUGUGCCAAAUUAAUAGGAUGGGGCUCUUUUAUUAUUUAAAAAAGCUGUAAAUUUAUCUAUACUUACUUCAGAUCUCUUACGGGAUAGGCAAAACAAAAUUAAAUAAAAAAGGACCGUCUCCAUUGGUUUACCGGAUGAGAUUCAGAGUCAUUGUUAAUUGUCAACGGUAAACUCGUCCUCUAAUGUUAUACCAAAAACCUAGGCCUGUUCACAACAAAACUGCAGAUUUUGUGAAGUGAAGAGGAAAUGCCACUACACAUCCUAUGUGUUUGUAGCCCAUGCAUAAACGAGCUAUCACCUUUGGAAAGUUUAUACUGUAUCCUGAGUAGAUAAAAACUAUACCUCCUCAGAAUAACCUUCAAUUCUUGUCCUUGACAGAGUUUGCCAAACCUUCCAAUAAAAAAAUAAAAAUAUACCACUGGUUGUAUCAAUUGUCUAAUAAACCGUAAGCCAUUAGAUUCGUGAUUCCAGAUUGAUGAGACUGCUGUUUGACUCGUUGCAUAACAGAUGUGCGUACAAAAACUUGUUCGAAUUGCAAUAAUUGUACAAGUCUGUUUUUGUUGUUGUUUCCUACAACUGAAUUUUGUUUAAUUUGUCUGCCCCUAGACAGCUAUUCGAAUAGUAUUUCCCAAUAUAUAAAUAUAUAAUAGGACCAUGAUUGAUAUGUUUAUCGUGUUUGUUUGUGCAAAUAAUUCGUACUCCUGUUAUUGGAGCAACGUUUGGCACAAGUAAACAACAUGAUUGUUAAAUUAUGUAUAGAUAUAAAUAUUAAAUCUGAAUGUAUGUAUAAAGUUUUAUUGAUUGAACUGUAUAAAUUCACAUUAAUAAUGUGUUUUCUUUUUAUUUUACGUAUGACUUCUCAUACAUAUAUUGUUCAAUAUAUAUACAUGUCCUUCUAGUCUGUAUGGUCCUUUAUUAGAUAUAUACAGACAAUUUGACUAAUUUAAUUAUUAAUAAUAUUUAUUACGUCAUAAAUUGAGAGAACAUUCUUUUUGUUUGUCUAUAUUUAUUUACUGCACCAUUUCGCAUACGAAUUAUAGGAUGUAGUCUCUACAAUUAUCUGAAUAACUUGACUUGACACAGUUAAUGUACUUCCUUAUUUAUAAAAACCAAGUGUUUUAUAGCAUUCUUUCUAAUUUAAAAAUAAAAGACAACACUUGAUUAACUAAUUUUAUUACAAUUUUAGCGUUUUUAUAAAUAAGGGUAGUUAGGGUAUAGUUUAAAGGUAGCACAAUUGAAAAUAAACUGUAUUUUUUAAUAGGUAGAGUUGUGACAAAAUUUUGUAAUACAUACAUAAGAAUACAAGCUGAUCUUGUAUUGUAAAUACGUUAUUCGGUGUAUGUAAAUAGAGUAUAAAAUAUGUAAUUAAAAUAGUCAAAUUGAUUUAUAUAAUAUAAAAAAAUAGAAACUCGCUAUUGUCUCGUGUUAGUGUAGGAUGAAGUUAUAGGUUUGCUUUUUGCUUAUUUUAAUAAAGCUUAACAAUAAGGUUGUAUGUUAUUUUGUCUCUGUAUAGGAAUUUUAUAGGGGACUGUCAUUUUCAGUCUGGCCACUUGCCGUCGCUUUUGCUUUUUCAGUUAGAGAAAAAAAUGUGGUUAUUAUUUUAGGUAAUAUAUUCCCCAAAAAAAGGUUUAGAUUUAAAUUUAUAAGUUUUGUUUACAAAUUUCUGUCUUUUCUUGUUAACCAAAAUUUUUUUCUGUAUAAUCGAUUCGGUUAAAGUUUUAUAUAGAUAGACAUCUAUUUAUUGUCCUGUAGUUUUUUCAUUAUAUCAUCUAUUUGAACGAUAUAAUGUACUCACUGAUAAAUAAAUAAAUAGAUAAGGAUUAACUGAUAGAAAUAAUCUUAUUCCGUUACUAUGCUAUUAAGUGGAAUUAAGUUACCAUCGACAGUUAAAAGAGUGGGGGAGAUAUUUGAGUCACCUAUUAGGCGGCCAUCAUACCAUUUCACCAAUUUCUGUGCAGCAUUGUUUCCCACAACUUCAUCUGCUUUUUUUGAGAACGUUUUGUCGACACUCACCCUAUAACGUGUGAUGUAAUUUAUGCCAAUGGCAGAAUAUCUACAGGACAUGGAAAUCGUCUGCCUUGUCUAUGGUGAUACUAAUAAGAUGGACUCUUUCUUUGACUGGUUCUCUAUUUGUGGUUUGUCGGUCCGAUCCUUAUUUUUUUAAUGGAAGAAUAUAGAAUAAUAUACAGCCUGCUCUAAAAGAAUGGAGAAUAAUAGCAUGAGCAUGAAGUUAGGUCAGUUAGCACAGCCUGGGAAAUUCACCAGGAAACCCUGUGUCUAAUUGGGACCACAUGAAUGUUUACGUAAAGGGGCCCAUUCAUGUCUGUUACCAAAAUUCCCCAUCUCCUGGAAUAACAACCGAACUGGGAAAAAAACGAAAUAAACAGGUAAGGUUAGGCUCUGUCCACAAUAGCAAAGAACUUGUCAUUGAAAACCGUCGUGGAGCACCAACUAUUAAAAUCGCUCUCGUUAAUUAUCUAAUUUGUUAGAAAUAUAUACCUACUUGGGUAGUAACAAUCCUACUGAAAAAAUGAAGCUGCAUCUUCAUUUCCAUAUUUUUCAAAAUCUUCCAAAAGCAAAACCUGUGGUUUUAACACAAUCGUUAAAACCACACGGCUUACCUCGCGUUAGCAAUAGUAUUCUACCGCUCCUCUCCUCUCUUCUCGAACUUUAGAAGUUAUAUUGCAGGCCGCAUCUAUGGCGACAUCAUCCAAUCUCAGCUACUGUAAUACCCUUACAAGCUAAAAGGUCCUUUACAAAGAGUAUAGUAGUCUUUAGUAUAAAAAUUGAACAUAAAUUAACAGAACAUGUUUCAUGCAACCUUAAGUUAAGAAUCUACUAAAAUUUGAGUGUAACACAUAAUUAAACAAUGUAACAAAAUUAUUUAAAACCAUUGGUCGGUUUUAAGUAGACACAUUUAAAAAUAUUAUUUAGUUAUUAAAUUACAAUGGUAUGUUUUAAAACUAGAUUAUUAGCAAGCUUUAAAUUCUUCGUUUAUUUAGAUAUGUAAUAAUAUCAUCAAAGUAGUAUCUUUCUUUAUAUUUCUUUCCCACUGCUGGGCAUGGUGGCCAAAAUUGUAUCUUAGUUUUGAUUAAAAAUACGUCAUAAAACUUUUAUUCAUGAAUUAAACCCUACUUAUUUUAUACAUAAGACACGAGAAAAGAAAUAAAAUGUAUUCAGUAAGAAUAAACAUAAAAGAAUUUGGAUGGAGUAUUUAUCAUAGUAAUGUAGCGGGUUUCUAUUUUUUUUAUAGAUGUCUACAGCUGUACGAAAAACAAUAAUGGACGCCUUAUGUGUGGUAAAUUAGUGAUUAUGCUGUUGCUGUUUCUUAUUUUAAAUGGAUUGAAAUUGAAAGUUAUGUAAUAUUAAGUUUGUUUGUUUUAAAAACUACAAUAAAACUAUAUAAAAGGAUACAACGAUCUUAAGAAAUAAAUUAGUACAAUGAUAGACUUAUGAUAUAAUCACAAUUGAGAGGUUUCUUCCUGUUAUCUUUGAAUGACUCGGAACAAUUGUGAAGUGGAAUGAAAGUUUGUAAAUGGUAACAAGAAAUAAUCAUGUAAUGGAGGGCAAUAAAUAUCACGCGUCUCAAUGUAUAAUAUUCUCCAUAGGUAGAAUGUAAAAGGUACUUCUGUCUCACUUAUUUCAGCCAACAAGCAGCUUGCUUUUUAAGUAUUUUGGAUCCGUAGGAUGUAGAUUAGGCAAUGAGUUC